AUGCGUCAUGCAGUGAGCUUGGGGAAAGGGGAGGGGGCGGCUGCGCUGGUAGAGCUUCGCAGAGGUUGGUGGCUGAGGCGAGGCGAGCAACAAGAAGCAGUGAUGCAUUAUAUUAGGCCUUUGAGUUAUAGAGCAGCAGAUGUGUUCUUGCUUGCAUUUUCCCUUCUCAGCAGAGCCAGCUAUGAAAAUAUCUCUAAGAAGGUUAUUUAUUCCCUGAACCAUUAUGCUCCAACUGUGCCAAUUGUUCUUGUAGGAACAAAACUUGAUUUAAGAGAAGACAGGAACUAUUUGAUUGAUCAUCCUGAAAUUACACCUAUAACUACUUCCCAAGGAGAAGAGCUGAAGAAAGCAAUUGGUGUUGCUGUAUACAUAGAAUGCAGCUCAAAGACUCAACAGAAUUUGAAGGUCGUAUUUGAUGCUGCAAUCAAGGUUGUUUUGCAGCCGCCAAAGCCAAAGGAAAAAAAGGAAGACAAGAUCAUCCAUUUUUCUUUAAUUGGUCUUCGUGUUUGA